CAAAAGGAGAAUUUUCCGUCUCCGAAACGCGCGCCCACGAUCUCUCCUUAAACAUGCCUUAACGCUUCUUCUGGUCGCGUAUUCUGUCCUUUCUUUACCCUAGAAAAAAAACUCUUCUUUCUCUCUCCUUCUCUUCCACGGCAAACGAAAUCUCUUCCUUCUCCUCUCUGGUUCCUUCUCAUCUUAAAUGUUUGCCCUUCUCUGCCGCCUUGACCUUCCAACGUCUUCUCUGCGAUUCUUCUCUCCGAUUGUCCUCUCUCCUCUCCGAAGUCACAAUCCCUGCCCAUUUCACUCUCUUCUUUCUGCUCCCUUGUCUCUUUAUUGUCUCCUUUCGUCGUCUCCCUCUUCUUCUCUGCCUUCUCCUUUUGCUUCUCCUCCUUCUCCCGCUUCUUCUGCGUUUCCUCCUUCUCCCGCUUCUUCUGCUUCUCCGCCUUCUCAGUUUUCUUCGGCUUCUCCGCAUUCUCAGUUUUCCUCGGCUUCUUGUUCUCCGUUUUCUUCUCUCUUUUGCGACCAUGGCGCCCGCGCCUCCCGCAAACUCUGGGGAGUCUUCGCUGCUUUCAGAGAGCGAAUUGCCGGCAGGGAUUUCCUACGCAGAGGCGAUGGAGGGAGGCUCUCGGCCGCUGCUCCAUCCUGACAAUCCUGUCGUCUUCUUCGACAUCUCCAUCGGCAGCCACGAAGCAGGCAGAAUAAAAAUCGAGCUCUUCAAAAACCUCGCGCCCAAGAGUGCAGAAAACUUCAGGCAAUUCUGCACAGGCGAGUUUCGCCAGAACCAAGUACCGAUCGGCUACAAAGGCGCGACAUUUCACCGAAUCAUCAAAAAUUUUAUGAUCCAAGGUGGCGACUUCGUGAAGGGGGACGGCACCGGGAGGUUGUCGAUCUACGGCAGUUCGUUUCCAGACGAGGCCUUCGUUCUGCCUCACUUUCGGAGCGGCCUUCUCUCGCUGGCCAACAGCGGCCCAGACACCAACGGCUGUCAGUUCUUCAUCACCUGCGCCAAGUGCGACUGGCUCAACCGAAAGCAUGUAGUCUUCGGGCAGGUCCUGGGGAAAGAGUCCAUGCAAGUCGUCCGAAAAAUCGAACAUGUCACUGUGGACGGCGGCAACCGCCCCCGCAUCCCCGUCACCGUCACGCAGUGUGGUGAGCUGUGAACGCUUUCUCUCGGUUCUUCGAUGGCGAAAAGAAAAGCCUCGAACUCGACUUCGCCCCGUCACCGAGUCGCUGUCUCGCGUCUCCUUUUCCCUCUCCGUUCCGGUAGACGCCCUACAAGGCCUCGCUGCACCUCCUCAGAGUCCUGGGCGUCUUGCACCCUCAUUUGCUCUUCCUUCUCUCCUUCGCAUUUCUUCUCGCGGAUCGCCUUCUUCGGCGCCUCGUUCUCGCUCGUCCUGUCUCCAACGUGACUGUACGCGUUUCUGAGCUGCGCCUGACAGCCUCCCGAUCCUCUGUCUCGCGCGGCGAAUCUUCCUCCCUCCGACGGGGAUCUCCCGACGCGUCUUCUGCGGACGAUUUACUACUUGGUGGACUUGAGGUUCAACUGCCACACACUGUCGUUCACAGAUGAAAGACGUCUUAUUUUUGUGCGACUUCUCCC